UUAUGGAUGAUACAGUUAUGGCUUACCCAAGCGUUUCCACAAAGUAUGACUUUCAGAUCCAAGCUUUCAAGUUCACAGGAGGCUUUGAUGAGGUGUACAUUAGCUGCUCCGUGAUCCUGUGUGCAACAGAUAGCUUAAACUCCAGAUGUGCCCAAGGCUGCCUAAGUCAAGCUGCACGCAGACGUAGACGAGAUGUGAGCCAAGAAACUGCCAGGCACUACAUCACCCAGGGUCCCUUGCGUGUGGCACGACAGACUCAUAAUGCUGCAUCAAAUGACGGUGGAUUUCUACACAUCAGCACAAGCACCGGGGUCUUUGCAGGACUCUUUGUUGUCUCCAUUGCGGUGUUGGUGGGGAUGUUGGUAUAUAAUGUCAGAAGAACAAGACCUAUUGACCGCAUGCAUCUACUGUCCACUUUCUGAGAUCCUUUAGUGGCCAGUUUGAGUAGACGCACAAGAAACUACAUCCUUUCAGACUAUAAAUUGAAGUUAAAGUCUUUCCAGUUUCUAGCGUAUCUCAUACAUGAGCAGUAAAUGAACAGUUUUAAUGGUAAAUGGUAUAAUCGCACAACAAUGAUCUUUGGUGUGGCUGGUAUUGUCCUAAUUCUUUCAGCAUAUCAUCUUUUUUUCCCACUUAUUUCCUUCUUCACUUUCAGACAACAUGCCUCACUGAACAUAACACACUUAUCAGGAUGUAUAAUUAUUGGAGAAACGUGAACUUUUACUCAGUCUCACAGUACUGAGAAUGAGAUUUACAGUGCUGUUGGAAGAACAUGAGCUUUACGCUGCUGUUGGAAGAACAUAAACAUUUACAAAUGAAUGUUGGUUUUAAAA